CGUCAACUUUGCCUAAGCAGUAGAAGUGGUAAUUUUUGUUGACUAAAACUGUUUGUCACACGGUGCAAACUUUUCUCUUCGACCACACUUCUGUCAAAAAGCAUGUGUUAGUGUGUCCAGGUGGGAAGCAUGGAUGGCGUCCGGAGUGCUUCAAGUCCCCAGGAGUCAUUUGUCUACAACAACGGGGACACUGUUGCAUCAGCCUGAAUGUGUCCGUCCAGAAUGUUCCGUAAGCCUCGGUGACGCCACGGAGCUGCCGAUCCGCCGGGAAGCAAAAUGCACCUUAUCGGAGCUCGCCCCGUGCCCUUUCUGCGGGCCGGGGUCCUCCUUGCAGCAUCACGAGUGCGAUCGGACUUGCCUCGCAGUGCCACCUGCACGCAUGAUUGACAUACCCAGCCCCGUGAGGUCGCCCAGCGGACGCCCUCGCCAUGCGGGCAGUAGCCCAGAUGGGUGCGCUCCGUGCGGGGGACACGCUGACAUGCCGUGUCCCCCGCAGGAUAUCUACAGGGAACCGUCUCAUCUUGCGGACGCCAGGCGCACAGAACUCUCUCCGCCGACUUGUGAGGACUCGGAAGUCUCCGGACCCGGUAGACCUCAGGUCUGUCCGAGGACCUUCCGUGCAGAGGUAGAACUGAAGAGCGCCCGCAGAGAGGUCCGGGUGGCUCCACUCAUUGGGUCCAAAAAGCCGACCGGUGGCGUUGCUCCUGGUUCUAGAAUGUUCUUCAGGUCCGCCUCGGAGUUCUGCGCGUUCAGGAAAGCCAAGCAAACUAUGAAAGCGCGCACGAAGGGAAAGUCCGCCAGCGAGACGACGACGACGCUGCAGCGCAGGCAGAAGAAAUCUUACCCGUGCCGAGUCUGCGGCAAGCUCUUCCUCCACCAUCUGUCUCUGGACGCUCACUACACGGCCACCUCGUGUGUCGGCGCCGCGCACAAAAGCAAGGCCAAAGAGGCCCACUUAACCGAACACACUCCGAACCAUCGGGCGAAGACCGGCCUACCCGGGAGGCCUACGAAGGCGGAGGAGGCGCGGCUUGACUUCCCCUGCCCCUCAUGCACCAAAGUCUUCCCGCUGCAGUCGCAGCUGAGGGAGCACGCCCAGCUGCACGACUCCUCCCAGGCCAGCAGGGAGUGCAGCGUGUGCGCGCAGGAGGUGCACGCCUUCAAGCGGGCGCCGUCCAGGAGAAAGCGCUCCUACCACUGCCUGCCUUGCCGGGAGGGCUUCUCUGCGCUCGACUCCUUCCUGGAGCAUUGUCAGGAGCACCUGCGAGCCCGGGGGGAUGAGGAGGAGGAGGAGGAAGAGGACGGCGUCGUCAUGGCGGGGUACAAACAUCAAGACGGCUAAGCCUGAGGGACUCCUUCAGGGACUCCUGUUCUGGGGUGGUCCGAUACGAUGUGGAUAUUGGUUUGAUAGCAGCAAAAAACUUAUAUCUGACGGUAUUGGCUUGCAUGGAAAAUGUGCGAUACAAGCAGUCCUGCGGCGUGCUUACUUGUGUGAUAUCAUGUGCGAUACAAGCAGUCCUGCGGCGUGCUUACUUGUGUGAUAUCAUGUGCGAUACAAGCAGCCCUGCAGCGUGCUUACUUGUGUGCGAUACAAGCAGUCCUGCAGCGUGCUUACUUGUGUGAUAUCAUGUGCGAUACAAGCAGUCCUGCAGUGUGCUUACUUGUGUGCAAUACAAGUAGUCCUGCAGUGUGCUUACUUGUGUGUGAUAUCAUGUGCGAUACAAGCAGCCCUGCAGCGUGCUUACUUGUGUGCGAUACAAGCAGCCCUGCAGCGUGCUUACUUGUGUCCAAUACAAGCAGUCCUGCAGCGUGCUUACUUGUGUGAUAUCAUGUGCGAUACUAGCAGUCCUGCAGUGUGCUUACUUGUGGGUGGUAUCAUGUGCGAGACAAGCAGUCCUGCAGCGUGUUUACUUGUAAGAUAUCACAUGCGAUACAAGCAGCCCUGCAGCGUGCUUACUUGUGUGUGAUAUCACGUGCGAUACAAGCAGUCCUGCAGCAUGCUUACUUGUGUGUGUGAUGUCACGUGCGAUACAAGUGUACGAUGUGCUUGAAUUGGCCGUUAGUUUUCAAAAAGCUGCUGGGAAAUAAGUUUUGUUUUCGAAAAUGAUGAAAUACAUUAUGUUGUUUUUUUUUGCC